AUGUUUAUGCUCCGCAACGUGGGCAAAUUUCUCUUCGGUGAUACCUCGAAAGAGGCCAUCAUCGAAAUUCCUCAGGGCCAGCUCUAUUUGGUCCGCCCCAUUUCCCCCAAGGGCUAUUCAGAGCUCAUUUUCAAGGACGCCGUGGCGACGAUUCGACGCACUGGGCAAGAGUUUCAAUACCAACUUGUGAUCCAGAGAGCCUACGAGGAAGGCGAGGAAGAACUUGCGGACGACGAAGACGAGCAGGGUGUGGCGAAUAGUCUGGACAAGGACGAGAAGGUUUUCUUGCUCGACCAGACACUGCAUUUCCGCUCCGAAGUUCGUGAGGGUGGUGUGAAGAUUCUCGCUUGGGACGAUCUCAGUGGUGACGAGGGCGACCUUUUUGAGUUCAUCUGCGACCCUUCCGUCCCGUCCGACAAAGUUGCCACGUUUGAGCUGGCCGCUUUACAGUGUCAAUACGAGCGCAAGUUCCGUCGCAGCGCCCAGAAGGCUACGGAAGAGGAGCUGCAGGGGUUUUCAUUCCAAGAGGCGAAGCCUAUUCCACCCGCAAGCCCCGUGUCCUCUCCGUCCGCCAAGUCGCCCGAGCCCCCUGUGACAUCGGGUGAGUCCGCAGCUGCCAUGGCGCAGGACGUCAAAUAUUCCCAGUCCAAGGGCCAGGUAAAGUCAGCCGCGCCAGUUGACGAGCCCACCAGAGCCCCGCCGUCCGCAGUCCAGCCUGAAUCAACGGAAAUUCUCGCCAAGGAGAAGGCUGAGCUGCAUCUCUUCGAUUUUCCUACUGGUACUUUCGUGCUGCAGGACUCUGAGAUCGUUGCAACCGUAUCGGAAAUCGGCAACUGGCAAUACUGGCUGCAGAUUAGUGGCAAUGACAAGGACUGGCUGGGGCAGGCGGUUGUGGGAGACAUCAACCCCGUCUUCAACUUCGAGUAUCUGUCAUUCAUCUUCAAUCACUACGCUGAAGAUGGCUCUGCCUACUCUUGGCUUCUCCGAUUCAAAGAUCAGGCUUCGGAAGAGCGAUUUCAGGAGGGCUUGAUGCAGGCUCUGUGGGAGCAGCUCAAUGAGAUGAAAUGGGAAAAGGUUAAGGAGAAUGACAGGGAGUACGUGCUCGAUGCCUUUCAGGAUCUCACUAUGGAGGACGCCGACGACAAGGCCGAAGAAGAGGAUGAGGAAGAACCAGAAGAAGAUGAAGACGAGACAGACCAGGAUGAUGGUCAGCGCAGCGAACACUACGACAGCGACGAGGAGGAGGAAGAUGUGAUUACCCGCCAGGAAGAUGGCAACAAGAACUCUCAACUGGCUGUUGGCUACAAGCACGAUCGCUCAUUUGUGGUUCGCGGAUCCAAGAUUGGUGUCUUCAAGCACACUACCAACAACAAUUUGGAGUUCUCCACAACCAUCUCCAAAGUGGAGACCCCUGGCGGCAAGCUCUUCAGCCCCAAGAAGGUUAUGUUGCACGCGGAGGAUAGCAACAUGAUUCUCCAGAAUGGGAACGACCCCAACUCUCUCUACCGGAUGGAUCUUGAGUAUGGUAAGGUCGUUGACGAGUGGAAAGUGCACGACGAUAUCCCGGUGGACACCUUUGCUCCGGAGAACAAAUUCGCCCAGAUGACUUCCGCCCAGCCCUUUGUUGGUGCAUCGAAAAAUGCGCUGUACCGUAUUGAUCCUCGGCUCGCGGGCAACAAGCUUGUUGAAUCCAACCUCAAGCAGUAUGCUAGCAAGAACGACUUCUCUGCAAUGGCUACGACCGAGAAGGGUUAUCUCGCUGUAGCUUCCAACAAGGGUGAUAUCCGCAUGUUCGACCGCCUUGGCAUCAACGCGAAGACUCAUAUCCCUGCUCUGGGUGAGCCGAUUAUUGGUCUGGACGUGUCUGCUGAUGGCCGCUGGGUUCUGGCCACCUGCCGCACGUAUCUUCUUCUGAUCGACUCGCUGCAGAAGGAUGGCAAGAACGAGGGCAAGCUCGGAUUUGAGAAGUCAUUCGCUAAGGACUCCAAGCCCCAACCUCGUCGUCUUGGGUUGCAGCCUGCGCACGUCGCUCAGUUCCAACACGAAACGAAGCAGCCAUUGGCGUUCACACCUGCUCGCUUCAACACUGGUGUUGAGUCCCAGGAAACAUCGAUCGUUACUGCCACUGGCCCCUUCAUUGUCACCUGGAGCUUGAAGAAGAUUCUUGCUGGUCGCAAGGACCCCUACACAAUCAAGCGCUACGCAGAGGACGUCAUGGCGGACAACUUCCGCUUCGGUUCAGACAAAAAUGUGAUCGUGGCUCUGCCCAAUGAGGUCAACAUGGUCGCCAAGCGCAGCUUCCAGAAGCCUACACGUGAGAGCAUCGCUGCUCCUGUCACUCCCAGUCGUGCGAAGAGCGGCAGAUGGAGCAGCCGUCUUGGAAAGAACGACAUCGUCAACUCGCCUUACUAA